UAUCUAUAUAUAUAAUCUAUAUAUACUUAAGAUUGAUCGAAGAUACAACUGCAUGUUAUGAUAAUGUGACAAAUGACAGUACCCAACAUGUAUCUUCAAAUGAUUUGGAUAGGAAUGAUGUUGAAGAGAUGUUUGAUGGCUGUUUUAGUGGUCUUGAGGAAAUUACUGAAAUUGACAAUGAUAUGCCAUCUGCUGUACCAGAAUAUUUUUCAUCUAUCGAGUUACCAAAGUCUCCAAUAAGGAGAAAUUCUGGAAAGAAUUUCGGAAAGAAGAAAAAUAUUCUUUCCCAUACAGUGGAAGUAUCGCGUUCCUUAUCUGCAAUAAGUUCGGAAAGAAACAAGAUAAAAGCCAACUACUAUAAACAAAAACUCCUGCUUUUGGAAAGGCAGACUGUGGCCAAGGAAAAAAAGGCUAAUGCCUUGGCUUUGAUAGCUGAAAGCAUUGCAGCUAAGUAUAAAACUAAUAAAUAAGUAAAUAAAUAAAUUAAAAAUAUAUAAUAAUAAAAUAUAAAAAUUAUAUUAAUAUAUAAAUUAAUAAUAUAAUAUUAGUAUAUAAAAAUAAAUUGUUAAAUAAAU